UCUCACCUGCUGCAAUUCGUGCGCUGCUUCCAGAAGGACAGAGUCUCUCUGCGCUUCAGCCUUGCGCUUGCGUUGCCUUUGGCUCCUCUGGGGAUGAUGGGAACUCACUUUGGGAGCCUCUCCUGCUUUUUCCUCCUCUUUCUCCUCCAGGCUGACAGAUGGACAUGUCAAGAGGAAUCAGAUGCCCAAUGCCAACCAGGUUUCACUUUGAGGACUUACACUUUCCUGGUGCCAAGGGCGGAUUUGGAGCGGCACCGGGUUUUGGGCCGAGUGCGCUUUGAGGAUUGCACAGACAGGACACAAAUCCCCUUCGUCUCGGACGACACUCGCUUCAAGGUGCGCCCGGAUGGCACCGUGGUGGUCAAGCGUCCCUUGCAUCUCCACAGCCACGAACAGAGCUUCUUGGUCCACACCUGGGACUCAGUGGGCAAGAAGCACUCGGCCAUUGUGACCCUGCGGCACAGGCAUCAACACCAAGACCCACACCGGCAUCCGGAACUCUACCAUGGAGAGGUGCUGACCUUCCCAGAAUCUGGUCCAGGCCUAAGGAGACAGAAGAGGGACUGGGUCAUCCCUCCCAUCACUUGCUCUGAGAACGAGAGGGGCCCCUUCCCCAAGAACCUGGUCCAGAUCAAAUCCAACAAGGACAAAGAGACAAGGGUCUUCUACAGCAUCACUGGCCAAGGAGCCGACAGUCCUCCGGUGGGCGUCUUCUCCAUCGUCAGAGAAACUGGUUGGUUGAUGGUCAACCUCCCGCUGGAUAGAGAGCAGAUCGACAAAUACGUUCUCUUCUCGCAUGCGGUGUCUGCCAAUGGCCAACCUGUGGAGGACCCCAUGGAGAUCAUCAUCAAGGUCAGCGACCAGAAUGACAACCGGCCCGUCUUCACGCAGAGCGUCUUCGAAGGAUCCGUUGCAGAGGGAGCUACACCGGGUACUGCUGUAAUGAAGGUGUCAGCCACCGAUAAGGAUGACAGUGUGGAUACCUACAAUGGGGUGAUCACCUACUCCAUCAUCGACCAGACCCCCCAAGAACCUCACAGGCAGAUGUUCACCAUCAACAACGAGACAGGCUUGAUCAGUGUCAUCACCACAGGUCUGGACCGAGAGAAAUUCCCUCAAUACACUCUGACCCUCCAAGCCACAGACAUGCUUGGACAAGGCUUGAGUACAACAGGGACAGCAGUGAUCACCGUUACCGACAAGAAUGACAACCAGCCCAUAUUCGACCCAGAAACGUAUGUUGCAACUGUUCCAGAGAACGUGGUUGGCUAUCCAGUGGCCCAGCUGACAGUGAAAGACGCAGACCAGGAAAAUACCCCGGCCUGGAAGACCAAGUACACCAUUGUGAGAGGCAACGAGGAAGGCAACUUUGCCAUUUCCACAGCUCCGGAAGGAAACUUUGGUCUCUUGACGACAGUUAAGGGCCUGGACUUUGAGUUGCGAAACCAGUACGUCCUCCAAGUGACCGUGGUGAACGAAGAGCCCUUCUCGGUGACUCUCCCGACCUCCACGGCCACCGUCACCGUCAAUGUGGAGGACAUCAAUGAAGGCCCCAUCUUUGUCCCUCCCGAAAAGACGGUGACAAAGCCUGAAGACCUGGCCAUUGGGCAACCGGUGGCCACAUACACCGCCCAGGACCCGGAUAAGUUUCUCCAGCAAACCAUCAGGUAUUCAAUUGGGAGCGACCCGGCUGGAUGGCUAAGAAUUAACCCCGAAAACGGCAUCAUCGAGUCCCGAUCGGAGCUGGACAGAGAGUCCCCCUUCGUCCAGGACAGCACUUACAUGGCCAUCAUCUUGGCCACCGACAGCGGGUCGCCGCCAGCCACGGGGACCGGGACCCUCCUUGUGCACCUUGAUGAUGUGAACGACAAUGGGCCACAACCUGAACCCCGAGCUUUUGACAUCUGCAGCCGGAACCCAGAUCCCCAGGUGCUGAACAUCGUGGACAAGGAUCUCCCUCCAAACACGCUGCCCUUUGCUGCAAAGCUGGAGCUGGGAUCAAGCGCCAACUGGACCGUCAAGAUGAACAGCGAAGACAGCCUGACCCUCCAACUGAUCAAGCAGCUGGAGCCUGGCGAUUACAACGUGGCCCUGAAGCUGAGCGACGGCCAGGGAUUGUCCCAGACCACAAUGGUCAAAGCCCGGGUGUGCGACUGCGAGGGCACUGCCCAGAACUGUGAGAGAAGAGCCUACAUCGCAGGCGGGAUGGGGGUCCCGGCCAUUUUGGGCAUCCUGGGUGGCAUCCUUGCCCUUCUGAUCCUGCUUCUGCUGCUCUUGCUCUUUGUCAGGAGGAGGAAGGUGGUGAAGGAGCCAUUACUUCCCCCGGAAGAUGACACGCGGGACAACGUCUAUUACUACGAUGAAGAAGGCGGCGGAGAAGAGGAUCAGGACUAUGACUUGAGCCAGUUGCACCGGGGGCUGGACGCCCGUCCCGAAAUCACCCGCAAUGACGUUGCCCCAACCCUGAUGCCAGCUCCGCAGUAUCGCCCGCGCCCCGCCAACCCUGAUGAGAUUGGCAAUUUCAUUGAUGAGAACCUGAAGGCGGCCGACACGGACCCCACAGCCCCCCCUUACGACUCUCUGCUGGUCUUCGACUACGAGGGAAACGGCUCCGAAGCCACUUCGCUCAGCUCCCUCAACUCCUCCAACGGCGACCAAGACCAGGAUUAUGACUACCUGAACGACUGGGGCAACCGCUUCAAGAAGUUGGCCGACAUGUACGGAGGGGGCGAGGAGGAAGACUAGAUGUGCAGAGAUCCCAGGGUUUUAGUUUUGGGGGAGAGAAAGAACGAGAGAUAGAAGUUAGACCACCUUUUCCCAGCAGUUCACAAUUGGUCACUUGGGCUGAACUUUCCAUAAACCACCGCACCAAAGAUACCUUCUUCCAAACGCCAAAGUGGAUUCAGAUGACCAUUUCAUGAUUGUUAAGCAUCCCACAAUGUAAGCUUCUAACCUAAGAGGAGCCAUCGCAAGCUGGACAAUCUUUUCAUUUUGCAAGGCAGCACCAGCAUCCAUUGCCUAGAAGAGAGCUCUCCAAGGAUUUUAAAGGCAAAGAAAUUGGUGUUUUUAACAACUUCUCUCAAUCCAUCCUCAUUCACCUGAGGAAGAGGAUUUGCAGACUGCCCAAAACUGUUCUGAUUUUUCAUCCUGUUCCCCUUAACUUACCUGUUGUUGUUGUUGUUGUUGUUGUUGUGUGCCUUCAAGUUGUUUCUCAUUCAUGGCAUCCCUAAGGCAAACCUCUCAUGGGGUUUUCUGGGGCUGAGAGUGUGGGACUUAGUGUUAAGGUCUUUGAUUAGUUUUAAUCCUGGCUGCAAAAUCAGAAAUACUGUCUCUCAUAAAGACGCCAGACUCGAGGAGCAAGGAAGGAAAUAAACCUGGGAUGUGAGGAGCAAAGCUGGCCUGGUUUUUAGGCUCAUGGUAAUGUUGAUAAUAAUAAUGAUGAAAAACUGAGUUUGAUGGAGCAAGUGUAAGGGAUUCUUGAGGCACCGUAUAUUUUGCCCACCCAACUCCAAAGCCCCGCAGUCCAUUUGCAAGCUCUGGAAUUACGCUUUGGGCAUCUGUUUGGCAAGAAGCAAUGGCACUUUAUGUACUUCAAGCACUAUGGUUUCUUUGGGAAGGAAGGUCUUGGCUUUUAUCUUUCAAGGCCUUAUGCAAUGGGAGCAGCGCUUGGGGAAACCUUGGAGGCUGCGGCAGGGUUGUCUGCAAAAGGGAUCUUGAACAGGCAGGGCAUGUUUCUGAAUCCAGUUUUCCUUAAGGAUUUCUGGCAGGUUUCUCAGCGCCGAGUGCGUUCUUCCCAUUGGAAACAGCAUUCCUUUGCCUCCAUCUCUACUCAGAAAGAAACCCCAUUGAGGUUAUUGGAAGGAACAGCUGACAUCUGAUUUAAUGCAGUUUGACACCGCUUUUAAACUGUCAUGACUCAGUGCCAUGGGAUCCUGGGAUUUGUAGUCAGUAGUUGUGCCAGAGCACUCUGACAAAGAAGGCUGUGUCACACAAAACUACAAAUCCCAGAAUUCCAUGGCAGUUAAAGCAGUGCCAAAGUGCAUUAUUUCUGCAAUGCCUUUCCAAAGUAAAGGUGUAUAUAGAAAAAUAACAGCAAGCUGCAUGAGAGGAAACAGGUUGGAUUUUGGGUUUUUGAGGCAUUUUCCUCCCAGGACACCCUUACUGGGAUUUUUUAGGGGGUUUUCGACUAACCGGUCUCUAAAGUGCCUUAAAAUUAGCCACGCAUCUGUUAUUUUUGUGUCCUUACAGCCAUCAGACAUAAGUGGAUCCAGCUUUCUAUGACUCCUUAUAUUAUUAUUUUUAUUAUUAUUUCACAUUAUUUGUAGAUGCUCUUAACUGUGUGUAAAGCAGAACUGGGAAAAAUAACUAUUGAGCUACAGCUCCCAGAAUUCCAUAGCCAGCACGACUGGUGAGUUUUGGGAGCUGUAGUCCAAAAGAAAAGGAACUUUUCCUGGCUCUGCUCUAAAGCUUUGCCUCGGCCUUUGCUGCUGUAGAAUUAAUUGGUGAUGUAUAAAACAGGAUCAGAUACUGGCUCCCUUUCCUUCCAGACAAUUAAAUCAUUGGAUUGGUCUUUCCAAUGGCCAAAGGGCCAAUUGUGCCCCGAUGCCCGUCUUUUUCUCGUUUUUGAUGCCAAUUAGGGCAUUCCUCUCCAAUCAAACGGUGCUGGGCUUUUAAAUAAGUGCCUUCUGCUGUUUUUAGACCUGUAUCUCCAGCUCUCCUCUUUAAAUACUGUAUUAUAUUCUGGGAGAGCAUUCUUGCUCCCGUCGCAAAAGCCAUUUAUUACGUACCGCCUUAUUUUACAGAUUCCCCCUUUUUGAUAAUAAAUAAAUAAAAUGUUAAUAAAAUGUUUUUCUUAAAAAGUUACAUCAAG